CCAGUCCACGCAAAGUAAUCCCUGGAUCUUCGACGCAUUCAACGCCUUUUCGAGUUGGACGGGGGCCAGAGGAAUAUCGACCGGAGGUGGACAUGGCGGUUCACAUUCAGGCUAUAAAAUUAGUCACGUUCACACCCCUCAUCGCUGCGCGGUCAUGCCAUCCGCGACCUAUGGAUCUAGCAAGGACCACGAGUCAAUACUCGCUCGUCCCGAUCGGCCGCUAGUCGUCAAGUGCACUUUCGACAAGUGGAACAAGCGGAUCAGCUUCUCUUCUGCGCGGAACUGCUCCUACCAUCUCCUGAGGUCCAAGGUCGAGCAAUGCUUUUCUCUCCAUGCGUCCACCUAUGCCAUCGCCUACAAGGACGAUGACGGGGAGAUUACCGAUAUCACCACGGAGACCGAUCUCACGGAAGCCAUUCAGUACUUCCAGGCCGGCAAUGACGACGCACCCCUCUCGUCUGCUGCAUCUAUUCUAUCUGGCAGAAGCUUUGGAAGCAGGAAGAUCACGCUCCGAAUACAAAUCACCGUCGACUACGAUGGUCCGAGCUUGUCGGACACGGGCUCGUUGGUUAGCUUGGAGGAGUAUAGGGAAAGGCGGCAGAAUGGAAGUGAGCUAUCCUUCUCGCUCAACGGAAGUAUACCGGGGGAGCCGGAAGACGAUGCCGUGACGGUCAGCUCUAGAGAUGCAGCCGCCCUGGCACAAUCGCAUGCGAAACCCACGAAGGCCCUGUCGUCUAACUGGGACGAGGAGUCUGCUCGACAACCGACGUCAGCCAGGCACACGAAUGGGGUCAACGAAGGUUACGCGGGGUCUGAUGUCGCUCUGCGAUAUUCAGCGGAUCCGUCUGCGGUGUUCGAGCGACUGAGGCUGGCGGAAGAAGAGGAGAGCGAAAGGAGCUACUAUGAUCGGCGACUAUCGCGGGACGACCGUGGGCUGGCCUGGUUACGGGAGCAAACUUCACGCAUCCUAAAUCCCAUUGGCCUUCCAGCACCAUCCAUAUCUGACGACGCAUCCAUAUCUCUAUCCGAAGACACUGGGGUCGACAACGUCAGCGGCGAUUUGGCGUUAGAGCAAGAUCCCCGCGGUCGAUACUACUAUUCCUAUACCUCUGCCUCGUCGUCUGCCCCCUCACAGGUCAACGGCCACUAUCAAGACCAAGAUGAUGCGUCUAGCAUCUCCUUCGACCCUGUGACAAGCCGUCCUGUCGUCAACUCAUCCAAUUCCGAGCCGAUAGCAUUCAAGGGCUAUGGUCAAAUCCACCCCGAUACACCUCCGGAAGUCCUAGAAUUUCUCCGCGGACCGGUACCGUCGCCACCAGAGUCUCAGCUAACAGAUUGUUCAGAAUGCGGCAUGCUCCUCGAAGCCAUACGCUACAUCUGCGCUACCUGCGGAGAGAAGGAACCGCGAGCAUCCCACUCCCACGUUGGCAAAGGCAAGGACAAGCUCGAUAACCCUUUUGCGGACCCCAUUUCUCAGGAUGUGCUGUCCUAUCCGCCAUCCGGGCACCGUACAUACAUGUCUCCCUCGUCAUCACCAUCAUCCUCCCGUACCUAUCUUGGAGACGCGACUUCUCAGCGUCCCCUGCACGUAGCAACAAGCUACGAAGACCUCGCGCGCAAGCCAUUGCCCUCCUUACCCCAUCCGCCGCAUUCACCGUUACUGCCACACUCGGGUAGUUCCUCAGGAAGCACUUCGACGCUCGCAGUACCGACCACCGCUCGGAAUGGCUAUGAACUCUGCUCGCUGUGCAUCGAAACUGCAGGUGUCACGCACGCGCUUGAGACCACCGUAGCUCCGGGCACAUCGCCUCAUGGUAGCUCGUCCCCCUCGUCCCCAGAAGAGGCUUUACGAGCGAUGUCUCAAUGGACGCGCUCGGCGCCGAAGCAGAAGGGCCAACUGCGGCAUGGCUACCUCGAGAAAGUCUGGGGCUCGAAAGGCUGGGAACCCGUUGAGCACGACGACGGCCGGACGUGCAAAUGCUCUACGUGCAAUAGUGUCAUCCUUAACAAGCGAUACAAGUGCGCCUCCUGCCAGAAGUUCAACCUGUGUCGGGCCUGUUAUAGCCAAGUCCACGAGAUCCACCCUUCUCACGCCUUCUUGGUCGUGACCGACAAGCCUGCGCGGUCGCGCAGUGAACCGGAUAUGCAUCCCCCUCUUGCAGUCGAUCACAGUAGUGAACAAUCAUUGGUACAUCCAGGCGUCAAAUGCAUGCAUUGCAUGCUGGACAUCGUGGGAGCAAGAUUUCAUUGCGCAGUAUGCCCUGACAUCGACAUUUGUUCGAAUUGCGAGUCGGCUGGCGUCGCCGGGAACCUUGAUUCGUCGGAUGGGGGGCACAACUCUUCACAUAUCAUGAUCAAGAUCCCCUAUCCGCUCGAGACCUCGCAGGUGGAGAGCGUCAGCAGAAGGGCCGUUGAUCUCUGGACGGGUCGAGACGCAGCAGCAAUGGGAGGCCAACGACCAAGAUCGAGAGCAAAUUCGCUUGAGUCUGGAUAUGCACGGACGGUAGUUGGAUCGGGUUCGGGAACGCGUUCAGACACGUCUUCUCAUCAUCCCGCGAUUCUGUGCGACGGGUGCAAUCAGACCAUUCAUGGCACGCGAUAUCAAUGUGCGAGCUGUCCGUCUUUACCGAAGGCAUUCAAUCUCUGCUCAACCUGUGAGCUGCGUUCGUACGCGCACCAUGAUCCCAUGCAUGUCUUCGUCAAGAUUCCGCGACCAAUAGAUCGUCCUCUGGAGCUAGCUCGACCGUUGCUGCCUAGGUUAUACAAGAAUCCUGUCGGUCCCGCGAAUGGGGUCAUCAAUCACAGUAAUCCCAAACUCUACCUGCGUUCGAUAGUACAUAAUGCGGCGCUCUGUGAUCGAUGCAUGACCCACAUUCAAGGGGAAUGGUUCCGCUGCGCAUACUGUGCGAAGGAUCUGUGCGACGCAUGCGAAGCUUUGGACACGCACGAUGAUACGCACGUGUUCAUAGUCUUCAAAGCUCCUGUUGAUAUGCAGCAGCUACGGCAAUUCGUCGACUUAGACAACCCGAACGGCAGCCCCCCUUUGAUCCCUUAUCCGUUGUAUCAUGCUUAAUGUAUAUCCAUCUUCCUAUCUAUGCUCGUAGUUGUUGCUGUU